AUCAAAACUUCCGAGGCCAACCCGAUGGCAGGCGGAUGUAAAUAUAUACAUGUAUAUAUAUGUAUUGUUUUGUUUGAUUUGAUAUUUCAGUGCAGUUUUUGCUACAAACACCUCUCCAGUCAUAGCUGAGUUAAACCGACCUUCAUGCACUCUGAGAAGGGUUUGUUAAUCGGAGGUCAGCCUGUUCAGGAUGUCUGUCAGGCGGGCUCUGGUGGACGGUGCUGUUCUGUCUCUUCAGGAUUCGUGCGUGUUUUAUCCGUGUUGUAAAAGCUGCUUUUCACGCGUUGACACAGAACAGCUGGACUCCGCAACAAGGUGUCGGUGCUCCAGGUGUGGCUCCAGGUGUUUGGGGGACCAGGUGGACUACAGAUACCGUCUCUCUCUCAGGGUGACCCGGGACAGCUGCGUGUUUGAUGUGACGGUGUUUGGAAACAGCUUGAAUGUGUUUUUUGGUAUUCAUGCAACUGGAUUACAGAAGUUAGUGGUGAACCAGGAUGGUCCUGUAGAACCAUCAACAAAGUCCAGAUUGUUGAUGAAGGCUGUCAGAGACUGUUUUAUUGGAAGACAUUUCAUCUUUGGCAUAAAGCUGACUGGAACAGAAAGUGGACCUUGGUUUGGAGGUCCUGACUCUAAUGACCCCAGCAGCAGAGAGACGGCCCAGUUUGUUGCCAGUCAAAUGAUUCUUCCUAAAGCCUCGGGCCUGUCUGGCUGCACUGUGCUCAGCUAUUAUCAGGCUCUCCUUCAGAAAGCUUCAGAAUACGAAGAGGGGUCCGCUGAUCCGGCUGCACCUCUGCUGCUCGAUCCUGGUACCAGCAGCAGUUUCAGUACCGCUCCUCCGUGGGCCUCGGGUCUUCUCUCCCAGUCACAGCUCAGACCGCAAAACCUGGACCUUUCACUCACUCCCACUCCUCCGUGGGAACAAUCUCUCGGAGUUGUGACAUCAUCGGCAGAGCAGGAGGAGGAGGAGGAGGGCUGCAGUGCACAGGAUGGUGGACACGCGGAAAACAGCAAAACGCCGCUCUGUGAGCUGGAAAAGCAUAAAGUAGCAGAAGAAAGAACUUCUCUUCUCCGGUCAGAGCAGAGUCUUAACAACAGUCCAUUUGUUGGAUAUCCAAACCUGUAUUUUGGAGCAACGGUUGGGAACAGCUUCAGCGUGAACUCGUGUUUUAGUCCAUUCCAACCUGUCCGCAAACGUUACAGCGUCCCUCAGAAGGAGUCAUCUACAAGUCAACUCACCCGAUCGGUUUUAUCAAGCUCGUCUGCGUGGGAGGAUUUACCUUUUUCUGAGAGCCUCACAGAGUUUCUGCACAAACAGGACAACGAUUUUGAAGCUCUGGGUGAAAUAAAACCAAGUUUAAAUGUGCAAAAUGAAAAGCAGACAGCAAGAACUUACCUGGAAAGCACAAACCCAGCAGUUAGAUUGACUUCUGCUCGUCAGAGAAACACACGGGUGAGACGCAGCCGUUCGUUCACAUUGUCAGACAUCAGUAAUACGCCUGCACCAGGUGGAGGCGAUCGACCCGAUCCAUCUAUUCAAGAACACGACGGGCCUGAAGACGAAAACGUUAAUUCUCACGAGCGUGUUUCAGAGAACGACAAAUCUUUUUCGACUCGUGAAGAAAAAGAAGAGCAGCUUGAAGAGGACAGUUACAACUGCUCAGCUGAUUUAUUCAGCGACGAGAACACGGACGCAGAGUCUGUGAGGUCGACCGCGCGCACGUGUCUGUCCGAGCAGCAGCGUCCGAGGGCUGAAAGUGACACCCAGUUAACGCCGCAGAAGCAACUGCAAAUUAGCAAGUGCAGCAAAAGAGACAGUUUAGCUUUACACGGAGCUGAACAUCUGGACUUCGUCCCGCCGUCUCAGUCCACUCCCGUCGUUAAACCGAGCGCUGUGACGCGGUCGCUCAGCGCAUCGCGCAGAAACGUGACGGGCGAGAUUUCUAUAAAAAUGCUGGCGUGGAGCAGGAGAUCCAACAGAUCUGCUUCAGGAAGGAGGUUCAGGAAAUCAGAGGAGCAUAAAAACCAGCUUCAAGGUGGUCAGGACGAGUCAACGAGAGCAGCUGAUCACGAGCGGGACUCCAGAGUCGGACAUGUGACUGUUUGUGAUUUAGAGGAUGAUGAAGGAGUAGUUGCUCCCACUCCUGAUGGUAAAACACAGCGUGCUGCGUCCAGAAGGAGACGAAGGACUGCAAGCAGCAGCAGUGAUCUGGGUCUGAUCAGGAAAACAUAUCGGA